UUCAUUUGCGCGCUGACUUUGCUCCGUGUAGCACGUGCUCGAACUCGGAAACUCGUCGUCGCUCGACGCAACGGCGCUGUGCGACUGUGAUCGUUCAAGUGCAAAACUGCACAUUCGGUGCAUUUGGAAAAAUUAAAGGUGGGAGGAAAAAAGAGGAAGGAAAAUUGCAUUGCAUAAAACUAGGAGCGAUCAUUUGUUGUUAUUGUCGUCGCUACGGAGUGUACGGUUAAUCCAGCGCGUUCCUGAUUUCACGCUUGAGCAAGCAGGCCGAUCGCGGCUAGGGUAUUAAAUUCGUCGUUGCUUGCCGUCGUUUGUCGAUGUGAUGGAGUGAGUGAAGCAAAUCGAACCGGGGCAGCGGCUCAGUGACUAGCUUUACUCGUGUGAAGUUGUUGCAGGAAGGCAACGUUUGUGCUUUGCCUUGUGGCACGGCUGGAAUGCAAGUUUGGUGAUGAAAUUCGCGUCGUGUGAGUGAUUGGUGCGGUGAUAGUGAUCUUUGCCUGUCCGUGUGCUAAAUACUGUUGAGUGUGCGUGUGUGCGUGUGUGUGUGUUGCAGUGGCAUUGCGUGGAUGCACCGUCUAAGGUGCACCGAUGCAGAUUCGAUCGGGCACAUUCGAUGAGUUUGGUGACGUGCGGGUUACGAUCAGCGAGUCUGCUUCCGGGAACGACCACCGAGCGGACACGGUGCCGAAGGAAGCACACCGUCGGACGAUCCGGACCGAUGCUGGAAACGAGCCAUUCGGGGGCGACCCCGACAGAUCCGGGCACCGGAAGCUGCCGCGGAUCGUCGGUACUGCAACCGUCCAACAGCCAGCACAGCUACAACAACAACAACAACAACGGCGGCGGCGGCGGCGGUGGCAGUAGCAACACCGACGAUAAUCCCAUCCCGGACGGACUGCGCUGGAUCGAGCGGAUGGUGAUGGAGGCCGAACAGCAAUACCCCGGGGAGCUAGUGCGCACGGACAGUCCUUACUUCCUGUGUUCCGCCCUGCCGAACCACUGGCGCUCGAACAAAACGCUCCCGAGCGCGUUCAAGGUGAUCUCGCUCGGGGACGUCAGCGACGGCACGAUGGUCACCAUCCGGGCCGGCAACGACGAGAACUUCUGUGCCGAGCUGCGCAACUGUACGGCCGUGAUGCGCAAUCAGGUGGCCAAAUUCAACGAUCUCCGGUUUGUGGGCCGCAGUGGCCGAGGGAAAAGUUUUACGCUUACCAUUACGAUCUGCACGACGCUGCCACAGGUCACCACGUACUGCAAGGCGAUAAAGGUGACGGUGGAUGGGCCAAGGGAACCACGAUCGAAAACGAAUACACCGCAGAUGCGUCCACCACCGUUGCAUCGGUUUUUGGAGCAGCCCGCGUUCAACCAUCAUCAUCACUAUCCGGGCCGGCCGUCAUCCUUCGGUGGUGGUGGUGGUGGUGGCGGCAAUGCCGGCCUCGGCAGUAACGGCAUCGGCACAGGGCCCGGGGCUACCGGGGGUGGUGGUGGCGGUGGUGGUAACAUAGGCGUCGGUGCUGGGAGCGGUGGAACCGGGCUCGGGAGCGGAAACGGCAAAUCCUCUUCUGUCAACUACAGCAACAACGGUACCGGGAGCAGUAGUCAGAGUCUUCAUGCGCAUCACCACCAUCAUCAUCAUCAUCAUGGAGCUGGCGGGCCGGGCGGUGGCAAUGGUGCGGGACCGGGUGGCAAUAUGACCAUCAAUACCAGUGCCGAAUCGAGCAGUGAUUACAAACCUAAUCUCGCGCUUUCAGACUACUCCAAUGCUGGCCCCGACUGGACGAAUGGGUUGGGAGCGCCUUCGAGCACGUCCUACAUGAACACCUUCUCGCCACUGCAGGCUAGCCCGCCGUCGUACGUGGCGUACGAGUCCUGCCCGAUGGUGGACCACCCCAAUUACAGUCUGACGGCGUCCGGAGUCGUUUUAGAUAACAUUCAACCGUACCAAGACUAUUACGGACUUUCUGGGCCACCUCCACCACCGCCAGCUUCGGUAGUGGCACCGACCGUCAACUCGCAAGCCCAACUCGGUGCUCAGCUUGCGUCCGGUGGCAGUUCGUACGUGGCCAAAGCCAGUGAACUGGUGGAGGCGAGCAUUUAUCCCACCUACCCUCACCACACCCAAUGGACCAACGGGUACCACGGUAGCUAUCAUCAUUCCCCGUACAACCAUCCGUCGGUGGCUGCCGCUCCCGGGUGCGCCUCUUCCCUAGCAGCCGUGGCCACCCAGCCAUCCGCCGCCAGCUUCCACACACCGGCCGCUCCACCUCCACCGCCACCGCCCCCCAUGGUGCUCUGUCCACAGAUGUUCAGCACAGUCAACCAGAACCAAAUCCACGUCCAUCUGCACGGAUCGGGAAGCGAAAAGUUCGAACACUAUUUCGGCGCAGCGGACAACGGCUUCACGAUUAAUUCGUUUCCCGGACCAAGCAUUCGAUCAGUGCCGGCACCGGUCACAUCCUCCCUGUCCGGCUCAUCCGUAGACAUUGGCGGCGGUAUCGGUUCACACCAUCAGGACAGUGGGCCUGUGGGGCCGGCGAACGAUACGCUAACGGCGCUACUUUCGGCCCAUCACGAGGAUCCGCAGCACACGGGCGGUGGUCAGGAACAGCAACAGCAGGAAGAAGCCCGCGGUCAGGAAGAAUCCGGUGUGUCCGGCGAUCCGAGCAGCGUGUGGCGACCUUAUUGAUCCUCCUGUCGGCAUCUAUCGCUUACGCCCGGGAACGAAGCCCAAUUCUACAAAUUCAAUGUAAUUACUCAACCAGACGAAGGCAUCAUUCUGUUUUAAGGAAGAAAAACUGAGGUCUGUAGGUCGUAGGUUCCACUAUCUUACGGUACAGGGUUUGAGGAUCGUGAGUUAGGAAACGGAACGGGACGGAGAUUCAUUUGAAAUGGUAAAUGGUUUGUUACAUUCGACCGAAUCGAUUUACGACAGUGCCUUACAAUCCCGGCAUCUACAACGGAACGAUCCUACUUGUCACGUGGAGUUUUCUCUGAACUAGUUUGAUUUUUUCGGAUAAUAAUUAAGCGUAGUUAGAUCUGAUUUGCUACCCAACCUGUCGGUCUACUCGGUGUGUAUUUAUGAUUACAAAUUUUAAAAGACCGUGUGUGCUGUAGAUGCGGUGUAAACGGUGUUUGUGCGUUUUUUCGCUUGUAGGAAGGGCUAAUCCUUGAACAUAUUCCAAAUUCGCUACUUAUUGUGUCUCUUGUGCAGUGUAUGUGUGUUUAUUAAAAUAAAAAUCUCCCUGUGUGUCUGUGUGUCUCAUCUGAUGAAUAUAUGGGUGUGAAAAGGAAACACUGUAGAGCGAAUGUAUAUUGUGAUUGGUAACAUAACGCACACACUUAUAUGCGACAAUCAACACUGUCCCGAAACAUAACUAGAACAACCUUACUGUCUGUUUGUAUAAAUAAUAAAAGAAGUAAUUCGAAUAAUUUAAGGGAUCGUUGUCCCGAGACAAACAACGCUACUUUAUCGUAAAUGAAUUGAUUGACUUCAAUAACAGUGGAACGUAUUGAAUGAAUUAAGGUUGUAAUGAAGUGUAAGAGAUAGACAAAUUUCAAUAAACUAUAUAAAAUCAAUCAAGGGUACACAUUUUCAUCGGAGGAUAAUUGGUUUGGUUUGGCUUGCAUUACACUGCUGGGUCGUAUUACACCACUUGUUGCCAGUGCGGUCGUUCUAUGUG